AUGGGGGAUUGGAACCUAUUGGGUGGCAUCCUAGAGGAAGUCCACUCCCACUCAACCAUAGUGGGGAAAAUCUGGCUGACCAUCCUCUUCAUCUUCCGAAUGCUGGUUCUUGGUGUGGCUGCUGAGGAUGUCUGGGAUGAUGAGCAGUCAGCAUUUGCCUGCAACACACAGCAGCCAGGCUGCAACAAUAUCUGUUAUGAUGAUGCUUUCCCUAUCUCUUUGAUCAGGUUCUGGGUUUUACAAAUCAUCUUCGUGUCUUCUCCUUCACUCGUGUAUAUGGGCCAUGCACUUUACAGACUCAGAGACUUUGAGAAAGAGAGGCAAAGGAAGAAGUCAUACCUCAGAGCCCAGAUUGAGAAUCCAGAACUUAACAUAGAAGAGCAGCAAAGGAUAGAGAGGGAACUGAGGAGGUUGGAAGAACAGAAGAGGAUCCAUAAAGUCCCUCUGAAAGGAUGUCUACUGCGCACUUAUGUCUUACACAUCUUGACCAGAUCUGUGUUGGAAGUAGGGUUUAUGAUAGGCCAAUAUAUUCUCUAUGGGUUUCAAAUGUAUCCCCUUUACAAGUGUACUCAACCUCCUUGCCCCAAUGCAGUGGACUGCUUUGUAUCUAGGCCCACGGAGAAGACCAUUUUCAUGCUCUUUAUGCACAGCAUUGCAGCCAUCUCCUUGCUACUCAAUAUACUGGAAAUAUUUCAUCUAGGUGUCAGGAAAAUAAUGAAGGCACUUUAUGAGAAAUCCAGCAGUGAGUGUGUUGAGAAUGAAAGAGGCCCUCCAUUCCAGUUGAGGAAAUAUUCAGUGGCUCAGCAGUGUAUGAUUUGCUCUUCCUUGCCAGAAAGAAUCUCUUUACUUCAAGCCAAUAACCAGCAGCAAGGAAUCCGAGUCAAUGUUCCAAAGUCUAAAGCCAUGUGGCAAAUCCCACAGCCCAGGCAAUCUGAGGCAGAUUCUUCCUUUAGCAAGAAAGAGUGGGCUGAGAAGGAACAGCACAACGGACAGCUCCAUGUCCAUAGCCCUUGUCCCCAUGAGGCCAGGCCCAGAAUUCAGCACCUGGGACAGCAACCAGACCAUUCCUCCUUUGCCCUACGGAAUACAGCUACCCAGUCUUGGCCAGAUACAACAACUGCCUCGAGACACUGUCCAGUCUAUGCAGCAGGGACCUGGAAGCAGCCCCAGGACGUGGAGCCCUCAGGCGAGCCUGCCACAGAUUUGCACAGCUACUGCCGAGACAGUGACAGCAGUGUGAAAGAGAGUGGGGGCUGGGUGGACAAACCACAUCCAGGCAGCCGCAAGGCCAGCUUUUUGUCUAGACUAUUGUCUGAAAAGGCACAGCUACAAAGUGACUUGGGAAGCUCAGGUUCUCAAAACAGCUCCUGUUUGAAUUUUUCACAUCGGGAGAACAGUUCCUCACCUGUGCUUUCCAUUACUGGGCACAAAACGUCAAUGGUAAGUAAAGAGGACCAACCGCUGAUCAUGGGACUGUCACAAGAGGUGUUCCACUCUGCCUGCCUUCUCCCUUUUCUCCUUCCUGGUUUGUGUGUUUAG